CCUUUGUAUUUUGUGGAUUUGCAGGAUGACUUAGAUGAUUUUGGGUUCGAAGAUUAUGGACCAGACUGUGAUAGCAUGAGGAUAACUGCGUUUUUGGAUAUUCCUGGACAGGACAACUUAACUCCACUGGCUCGUCUAGAAAAAUAUGCCUUCAGUGAUAACAUAUUUAACAGGCAAAUUAUUGCCAGAGGUCUUUUGGAUGUCUUUCGAGAUUUCAGUAAUAAUGAAGAAGACUUCCUGACUGUAAUGGAAAUAGUGGUCAGGCUCUCUGAAGAUGCAGAACCAACUGUACGUACAGAGCUGAUGGAACAAAUACCUCCUAUUGCCAUUUUUCUGCAAGAAAAUCGACCAAAAUUCCCGACAGCAUUUUUUGAAUACCUUAUGCCCAUAGUAGUGAGAUACCUCACAGAUGUUAACAAUCAGGUUAGAAAGGCAGGUCAAGAAGCGCUGCUUAUACUGCUAGAACAAGAUCUUGUUGCUCAGAGUGACAUUGAAAAUAAGGUGUGUCCAAUUCUGUUGGACCUGUCUGCUCCUGACAGUGAUGAUGAGUACAAGGUGGAAGCUGUGAAUAUAAUCUGUAAAAUGGCUUCUAUGUUGAGCAGAACAACAGUUGAGCACAUGCUGCUCCCUCGUUUCUGUGAGCUGUGCAGUGAUGGGAAAUUGUUUCAAGUCCGAAAGAUUUGUGCAGCUAAUUUUGGUGACAUUUGUAAUGCAGUUGGGCAAGAAGCCACAGAAAGACUGCUGAUUCCCAAGUUCUUUGAACUCUGUUCUGAUAGUGUUUGGGGAAUGAGAAAAGCUUGUGCUGAAUGCUUUAUGGCAGUGUCCUACACUACAUCCCCAGAAGUUCGCAGAAGCAAACUAUCCCCACUGUUUAUAAGUCUUAUUAGUGACACUUGCAGAUGGGUUCGUCAGGCUGCUUUUCAGUCUCUUGGCCCAUUUAUUUCUACCUUUGCAAGCCCUUCAAGUGCUGGUCUUUACAUCCAAGAAGGUGGAACGCCGAGUAUCCAACAGUCAAUGCAAGAUGUGAAUUCCAAUUCUUGUCACCCAAGCAACAAUAAAACCUUAAUGUCCUCCAGUACAAAUGUUACACUGCCCAGUUCAGAACAGCCAAUGGAAAUCAAACCAGAAUCAUCGACUGAAGAGACUUCAGCUGAAGUUCAUGCAAAGCUCUCUAUUGAGAACCUAAAUAAAGAUACACAGAAGGAAUGUUCAUAUUGUUGUACCAGUCCUGGAGAAGAUGCAUCUCGAUUGUCUCAGGGUGACAGAGUUGCUGCUGGUGUCAUAGAAGUCACUAAGGACAGCAGUUUUCCUGGAAUGAACUCAAGGCUACAGUCUGCUGAGGAUGUAUUUAAUACUUUUCUAUACUGGCGCCCUCCUCUGCCUGAUAUAAGUCAGGAUCUGGAGUUGCUUCAGUUCAAGACUGAAAAGCAUAAAGACAGCUGUUCAGUGCCAUGUAAUAACUGUGUUGCUAGUAGUGAAAUAAAAAAAGUUCUAGAAAGCUUACAAGAGCACAUAGAUGAUCCAGAUGUUCAAGCUCAGGUCCAAGUGUUGUCUGCUGCUCUCAGAGCUGCUCAGUUUGAUUCUGUUGGUGACUAUGAGACCAAAAAAAUGAAAGAAAGCAGUGGCAAACUCCAGAACAAAACUAUUUCAGAUGAAACCACCGUUUCAGAUGCUACCUGCAGCCAGGUGGAGGAGGAUACUCUUUCAUCCCCUGCUUCCCAGGAUAACAUCAGUGAUGGGUCUACUGCCUGUGUACUGAAAAGCACAGACUCAGAGGAACAACACAGAGGAACCAGUGUAUUUUUAAAGAAGGAGCAAGAAAAUAAUUCGCCACUGGAUGAAGACAAGUCAAAAUUACAGGAUAUCAUACCUCAGCCUUUAUUAGACCAGUACUUGUCAAUGACUGACCCAGCUCGAGCCCAGACUGUUGAUACUGAAAUAGCCAAACACUGUGCAUAUAGUCUUCCUGGGGUGGCCUUGACACUGGGCAGGCAGAACUGGCACUGCCUGAAAGAUACGUAUGAGACACUGGCCUCGGAUGUACAGUGGAAGGUACGUCGGACGCUAGCUUUCUCCAUCCAUGAACUAGCAGUUAUCCUGGGGGAUCAGCUAACAGCUGCUGACCUGGUGCCAAUUUUCAAUGGUUUCUUGAAAGAUCUGGAUGAAGUGCGUAUUGGUGUCCUUAAACAUCUGUAUGACUUCCUGAAGUUACUUCAUGCAGACAAAAGGAGAGAGUAUCUUUAUCAACUUCAAGAAUUUGUGGUGACUGAUAACAGCAGGAACUGGAGGUUUCGUUACGAGCUGGCAGAGCAGCUGAUCCUGAUACUGGAGCUCUAUAACGCCAGUGAUGUCUAUGACUACUUAAGGCAUAUUGCAUUAACUCUCUGCUCUGAUAAAGUUUCAGAAGUCCGGUGGAUCUCCUUCAAACUGGUUGUAGCAAUACUACAGAAGUUCUAUGCAAACAAAGCAAAUGCACUGGGAUUAAAUUUCAUUAAUGAACUUGUGGUGCGGUUUCGCCACUGCUCCAAGUGGGUUGGAAGACAAGCUUUUGCCUUCAUUUGUCAGGCUGUAGUAGAAGAAGAAUGUAUGCCUGUCGACCAGUUUGUUGAACACUUACUCCCUAGUCUGUUAAGUCUUGCUUCAGAUCCUGUGCCAAACGUAAGGGUUCUGCUGGCCAAGGCUCUAAGGCAGACGUUAUUGGAGAAAGCUUAUUUUAAAAGUGUUGGCAAUCCUCAUCUGGAAGCAGCAGAAGAGACCAUUUUAGCCCUGCAGUCUGACAGAGAUCAAGAUGUGUCCUUCUUUGCCACCAUAAAACUAAAACAGGGUAGCAUGGACAAUACUACCAUUGACAAACAAAACUAAUGUGGUGUUCUGCAGUAAAUGCUGGACAUAACAAUGGUUAUUUACCUUAUGUUCACAGUUAGUAUGAAUAAUGUGGACAAAUAAGAAGGUGGUUGUUACCUACUUGAGCUGGAAAGGUUGUAU